UUUUUAAACCUUCUGCUCACCGUCCCCUCCUCCUCUGCCACCGCCCUCGCCUUCUUCUCCUUGCUCCGAGCCUCCGACCAUCGCGGGGUUCAAAUUUCGAAUCCCUCCCAGCACACCCACCCUCUCCGCAGGACGCACCAAACCCUAACCGGAUUUCUCCUCCUUCUCGCUCCCACCAUGAGUGACGCCUCCGCCGCACCAGCAGCCGCUAUGGGCAGCGGCAGGGAGCUCGCGAACCCUCCAGCCGACGGCAUCUCCAAUCUCCGCUUCUCCAACCACAGCGACCACCUCCUCGUCUCCUCCUGGGACAAGACGGUUCGGCUAUACGAUGCCGAUGCAAACGUGCUCAAGGGAGAAUUCGCGCACCCCGGGCCCGUGCUCGACUGCUGCUUCCACGACGACUCCUCGGGGUUUAGUGCUGGCGCCGACCAUACAGUGCGGAGAUUAGUAUUUACUUCGUCAAAAGAGGAUGUUCUUGGGCGGCAUGAUGGUCCUGUUUGCUGUGUGGAGUACUCUUAUGCUGCAGGACAAGUCAUCACAGGUAGCUGGGACAAGACAAUUAAAUGCUGGGAUCCUAGAGGAGUGAGUGGACCAGAGCGUACACUUGUAGGGACAUAUGCUCAACCAGAGCGUGUCUAUUCUAUGUCAUUGGUAGGAAAUAGGUUGGUUGUUGCAACUGCAGGAAGGCAUGUCAAUAUUUAUGAUUUGCGCAAUAUGUCACAACCUGAACAAAAAAGGGAUUCGUCUUUGAAAUACCAAACACGCUGUGUUCGAUGUUUUCCUAACGGAACAGGGUAUGCUUUAAGUUCUGUCGAAGGACGAGUUUCUAUGGAAUUCUUUGACCUUUCAGAGUCUGCACAAUCUAAAAAGUAUGCUUUCAAGUGUCAUCGGAAAUCCGAGUCUGGCAGGGACACCGUUUAUCCUGUCAAUGCUAUUGCAUUCCAUCCAAUAUAUGGCACCUUUGCCACUGGAGGGUGUGAUGGAUAUGUAAAUGUAUGGGAUGGCACUAACAAGAAAAGACUAUAUCAGUACUCGAAGUACGCAUCAAGCAUCGCGGCUCUGUCAUUCAGCAAGGAUGGGCAUAUGCUCGCUGUGGCAUCAAGCUACACUUACGAAGAGGGAGAGAAAUCCCAUGAGCCUGAUGCAAUAUUUAUCCGAGGGGUGAAUGAAGUUGAGGUAAAGCCGAAGCCCAAGGCAUUGACCGCACCCAAGUAGUGCUGCAAUCAGUUUGCAACGGGGCAGGUGUUUUUGCUGGGAGAAAAGACAUAAUGCAGAAAGUUAGGCGAGACGUUUCUUUCUCUAGGUUACUUCGUAAUGUCAAUCAUGUUGACGGAAUCCCUUUAUGUUGACCUGAAAUGUCACUAUCCAUAGCUCACUACCUUUCUCUAUGGUGUAUCUACCAUGUAAUGUCUACAAAGAGCUGUUUUAAGUGUCGUAUUCCCGUUCAUUCUAUGUUUCAAUUGGAUCUAUGUCAUUAUAAUUUUCACCGGUUGGAGACAUGCCAUUACAAUAA